ACCGGCAUUCACGUUUUACUUCUCCAGAAAAUGAGUAUACUUAUUGUUUACAUAAUUAACAUGUCAUUUAAAAUAUCUCUUUUAGCACUAGAUUCAGUAUUCAAAUUCUAGUGAUUAUGUACCGAGUAAAAAUAUUGUUUUAAACAUUUGAUAUAUUUCAACACGAUUAUAACCUUAGUAUGAGUUCUUCUAUUUGCAAAACAAUAUAAUUGUGAUGCCAAUACUUCUGUUGGAACUGUUGAUACCAUGAAUUACAGAUUUGUUGAAAAUAUUUAUAUACUGGAAUAUUUUUAUGAAAUGGGUUUAUAAUUCAAGUCCUAUUUCCAUUCUCAUCAAAUAGAUUAUAGUCAACCAUGAUCAAUCACGAAUUUCUCAAUGUUCAAUAGUCUCAUGAGAAGGGGAUAAAAUGCAUUUCUUCAUAAUGAAAAAUUUGAGAAAAAGGACAUAUAUUUCGCGUGAUGUCAGUUUUUUAAAAAACGAGAAACCACUAAAAAAAAUUAAAGUUAAUAAAUUAGAAUACGAAAGUCAAUCACCAAUCAACUGGAAUGAAGUAAAAAUUAGCUUAGACGCAACAGUCGUUGAGAAAUACUUGAAAAAUAAAAAAUCCGUUAAUGGAAUUUCCAUAACAACUCCGAUUAAUAAUGAAGCGAUAGCUCAUCUCGAAAAAGAAUCAAUUUCUCGUGCUCCACGAGCGAAUAAUAAAAUAAAUAAUGUCUUUUCACAAAGAAAUAAUGUUAUGGUAAAACUAGAGAUUCCGGAAGAUUUCCAAUUCAUUCAAUCCGAGCAAGAACAAAUUUUAGAUUUUGUUGAUGUUCCAAUCAAGCAAGAAAAUUAUAUCUCAGUAUCGGAUACUGAUAUUUUUAGCAAUUAUUUAAUCGAAAAUGCUAAUCAUGACGAUGGUGUGUUUGUUACUAAACCAGCAGUCGAAGUAGCAUUGAAAAACAAGGUACUUGAAGCGAUCGUCCCGUGUGAAAAAAUCGCGAUUAAUCCAAAAUGCAAACAUCCAAAAGUUAUCUCUAAAAAUGAUGAGGUGGUGCAAUCCACCAAUCAGAGAAAUAGUAUUGCGAGCGGUGAAACGUCAGAGCCAACGAUUAGGCGUUCCAAUCGAAAGAGAAAAAUCUACCACAAUUGUGAUAACUGCGAUCAUGAAUUAGUGAAAAAAACUCGUACACCUUCGAAUGUUAAGAAAAAAUUUAUGUCCGAAGUGUGUGAUGAGAAUUCAAAUGAUGGCAGUAAGACAAAAACGUUGUUGAAAGGUAAUCAACGUGAAACUCGUUCGAGUUCUCGUAAGUUUGACGAGAAUUCAAAUGGUAGCAAAUCCAGAACGUUAUCAAAAACUCGUCAACGUGAAAUUACCAAUCCGCGAUCGAAAAACAAUGUGGUGCGAUUUUAUUAUUGCGAUUAUUGCGGUUACCGAAUGAACUGGAAGAACAAUGUCGCUAGGCACAUUCACAACAAACACCUACUACUGUUCUGCAAUUGGUUUCUGUGUUCGUAUUGUAAAAAGAAAUACCAAACUAUGGAAGGGCUGAAAAAACACGAAGAAAAUUGUAUACCGCAGUGCGUUUUGAAAUGCAAAUUUUGUUCAGCUUCCGUUAUAUCCAAACAUGCAAUGAAAGAACAUUUACUGAAGACGCAUACCAAUGAGCUUCGUGGUAAAAGUAGGCAACAAAUUGUUGAUGAAAUCUGGUAUGAUUCUGUCAAAGAUGUUAUAACGGCCUUGGAACGUGAAAAAAAUAUAAAAAAACUUAUGCACUUUGUAACAAAAGUUUUUAGAGACGAAAAGUAUUAUUGCGGAAUAGGGCCUAAUUUUAUCAAAUUUUACUGUAAUAAGUGUAAUAAAAGUUAUGAAAGAUUCUUUGUACAAAGAAAGAAGUGCUGUCCUUAUUGCAACACUCAAUUAUUAUAUCAAUGCGUACAAUGUAAGAUUACACGACCACAUUAUCAAGCUAUUUCGAAACACUUACGAAGUAAAGAUAGUGACUGCGACAUUUCAAAAAACCUAUCCAUCGUCAGAAAUGAAGAACGAUUGAUGAAUAUGACAAAUAAAGACCCAUUAGCAGAAGAAAGUCAACAGAUUUACAUCUGUGAAUUGUGCGAUUAUCAAGAGACAACAAUGUUACAGCUCUAUGAACAUAUUGUAUCGAAGCACAUGAUCAAUAAUGCUUGCAAAGAGCGCAGUUUUACGUGUUCCAAGUGCGGCAACAAAUUUCGCAUUGGACAGUGGCGCUUCAAAAAACACGAAGAAUUUUGUGGUAGUUUCAUUCGUUUUCCGUGUAGAUUUUGCCCUGUGACUUGCUCGAAUAACAAACACAUGAAAGAUCAUCUUUCCUCUGUACAUGCUGAUGAAAUCGACGGGAAAAAUAUAGAAAAUGUUAUUGAAGAGAUAAUAACUUUUAGAAAUACGAUGAAAGAAGUCAAUCUGAUGAAGUUCAAAAAAAAGUAUUCGGAAAUAAGGGUAGCAGGUGAAACAACUGAUAAUCCAAACUACUACCUAAAAGGUAUUACGAGUAUCCUCAAGCCAUUCUGUGUCAAAUGUAACGUGACUGUUUCACAACUUCAUGAGCGUUGUAUUCAAUGUCGUACAAUUUUAAUCUUCCAAUGUUUGCGAUGUAGCGAAUGUUUUACAAAAUAUGCAACUGCCUGGAAACAUGUAACUCAAAUCUGCAAAAAUAAAAUAUUUGCUUUGGUCGUUGGAAACUGGAGUAGAGAUCUUGUUAGUCAUAAGGCAUCUGUGUCAAGAGAUAUGCCGACUUUGUUUCACUGCGAUCAUUGUAUCUUCAAAAAUGCAAGCAAGUCAGUUCUUAACAUGCACAUAAUGCAAGUACAUAAAGAAUCAUCUAGUGAAAUGAUUCCUUGUAUUACUUGCUCAAAAUGCAACAGAAAUUUUCAUAAGAAAGAAGAUUUCAGUUAUCACAAGUCGAAAUGUCGAAUUAAUUACAUUUAUAACUGCUAUCUCUGCACUUACUCAUCAAAGAGCCCGGUAAACAUGAAAGAGCAUGUUGUCAGACGUCACUCUCAUUAUUUUCAUGGUCACGGUAGUUCAUUAAAAGACAUUAUACUAAAAAUUGUGCAAAAUAGAAGGAUAGAUAAUAAGUCAGCAAAAAGAUAUACUCAGACUGGUAAAUAUAUUAGAAGGAGAUUUCAAGAAAAUAUCGAAUUAGUGAGAUUUUAUUGUCGAAACUGUGACGAGAUUUUCAAAAGAGAUUUUUUUUCUCGCGCCACAGGUAGAAAACAAUGCUCAAAGUGCCAAAGUAAAUUGAUGAUGGUAUGCAAAAUUUGUGAGAAAAUUUAUUCAUCAUGGACCACGAUAGCCAAUCAUUUUAGUAAAAAUAUGUGUCAUAGUGCAAAGUCACUUAAAAUUCCAUCUCAUCAACUGGAUCAUUGUUACGCUAGUAAAACACCCCCUGAUCAUUCAUAUGCUAGUAAUUUUAAUCCAUUGGUUACAGCAGACGGUGCUGGCAACUCUUGAUUCAAUGAUUAUUUUAAUGUUGAAGCUCUGUAUUGAUAAUAUUUAUUAUCUUGUUCGC